UGCCGCCGUGUCAGAAUAACGGGCCGGCCGCUUGUCUCUUCUCUGCAGCAGGACCUUACCUGUUCCUCGGUUUGCAUUCUCUUAGUCAUCCCCUGCACUGUCUGCAGUCUCUGGUCAUCCCCUGUACUGUCUGCAGUCUCUGGUCAUCCCUGUACUGUGUCCGCAGUCUCUGGGCAUCCCUGUAGUGUGUCCGCAGUCUCUGGUCAUCCCCUGCACUGUCCGCAGUCUCUGGUCAUUUCCUGCACCAUGUCCGCAGUCUCUGGUCAUCCCCUGUACUGUCUGCAGUCUCUGGUCAUCUCCUGCACUGUCUGCAGUCUCUUGGUCAUCCCCUAUAAUGUCCACAGUCUCUGGUCAUCCCCUGUACUGUCCGCAGUCUCUGGUCAUCUCCAGUACUGUCCGUAGUUUCUGGUCAUCUCCUGUACUGUCCGCAGUCUCUGGCCAUCUCCUGUACUGUCCGCAGUC